AUGAUAAAACUGCUUCUUGCUCUAAGGCUAGAAUACUUACGGAUAAUAUCAUAUAACUAAAUAAUAAUAGAUUUCAGUUAAAAGAAGAACAAAAUAAUUGUUGACGUCAAAAUUUAUAGAUUUCAAAACAAUCCUAAGCUCCUUUAUUAUAUGUUUAAUAAGAACUUUGUUCUUAUUUAUUCAAUAAUAAAAAAUAGUUCUGAUAUGUAUCUUCAAGCUUCCUAAUAUCAAAUAGUAUCCAUGAUUGGAUAAGGCUCAGCACAUGAAGUGUUUAAAGCAAGGCAUAAUCUCACUUAAAAAGUAUUUGCACUUAAAAUUGAAAAAUUUUCAUAAUAAGGUCAAAUAGAAGGCGAGAUUAAAAUCCUCAAAGAACUAAAUGAUAUAGAAGGAAUCCCUCGUUUGGUGGACCAAGGAAAAACCCCAGAUAAUAGGUAUGAGUUAUUUAAUAAAUUUAGGAGAUUUCUGAUAAUGCCUUAACUAAAUUGUAGCCUAAGAGAUUUAGCGAAAACUUCACAAUUGUCUUUGCCUUGCAUAUUGGCUAUCGGAUUAAGUGUUAUUAAAACAUUAGAAUAAAUUCAUCGAAAAAAAAUCUUACAUCUAGAUAUUAAACCAGAUAAUAUCAUGAUAUAAUAACAAGUGUUAAAAGAUUUAAAGGGAUAAAUUCUAACGCCUGGAUUUAUCCAACUAAUCGAUUUUGGUUUGUCUUAAUUUAUAGGAAAUUCAAAAUUCCUACAAAAUGUAUUUGUUGGAUCCUUAAACUUUGCUAGCAGAGCAUCACAUAGAGGAGAAUAAUUAGGCUAUAAAGAUGAUAUGGAGAGCUUAUUUUAUGUAUUAGUCUAUUUGAGAAAUGGUAUUCAUUCUUAAUAGCUCUAGGCAAAUUACCAUGGUCUGAAAAAUCUUCCAUGAAAUCUAAGGAUUUGGAUAUCCUCUAAAUUGGGCGCAUAAAAACCUCCCUAUUUAACACGAUGACAUUAUCAAAGAAAUUUCCAAUAGAAUUUUCGAAAUUGAUGUCCCACAUUGAUGAACUAAAAUAUGAUGAAAUACCAGAUUAUCAGUCCAUUAAGGGGUUAUUUAUUAAUAUGUUAUAAACUACCUCUUUAUCUUCAAAGAUGGACUAAUUCUUGACUUAAUCACCUAAUUAAUCAUUCAAUCAACAAGGAAAUUCGAAUAUAAUUCAAAUUCCAGUUGAUAAGCUUAAUUUCAAUAACAAUUCAAUUGAAACUUAGAUUAAAGAAGAUCUAACAGAUGUUGAAGUCAAUAAAGUCUAGCAUCUAUCUGAUUUAAUUGGUAAAUAUGCUACUGUUUAAAUAAAAUCAAUUCUAGACAUAAAAUAUUGA